GUGAAACUUAGCUGCAUAUUAAAGUCGUUAAUUCCUUUUAUAUUAAUUCAAACAGACUCGUCAUAUGGCAUAAUUUUCAAAGUUCGUUGUCGCAUUAUGCGACGUCAAUAUCGCACACAAUGCUGCAACAAUGCCCGUGGUCGUGUUAUACACCCAAUAGGCGUGAAGAAAGUCUUCUGGCUGUCAGCGGUACCAGUUGAACCAUCAUCGAGGAGGAGAAGAAGAACGAAAGUGACGUUGGUAACCAGUCGAGCGGUGAAGCCGGCCAAGUGAGUACCAGUGCGUUUCAAAAUGGCCGCCGCAUCAGUUAAAAUGACGAACGUUUCCGGGGUGAGGUGGUACUACCAUUGCUUGAUGAUCGUGCUGUUUCUGUUGGUGGCGAGUUUCGAUACAGUUAGAAGUCAAAACAACGACCAAAGGAAAGCAAAGGAGGACAAUAAAAAUGAAGAAUUCGUCUGUCCAAUAGCUACAGGAAACGGAAACUACGCCGAUCCAGCUACAUGUAAGAGAUUUUAUCAGUGUGUGGAUGGAUAUCCGUAUGUGAAUAGAUGCCCUUCCGGACUCUACUUCGAUGAUGUUUCAAAAUAUUGUACUUUCAAGAACGAAGCAAGGUGCGGUCCUGUAGCAACAACUCAGGCACCGAUAACGGAACCACCAACUGAUUUGGCAGUCAAAUGUGAUCCUGCACAGUGUCAAUUACCUUACUGUUUUUGUUCGAAGGAUGGCACUCUCAUACCAGGAGGACAUAAACCUGAAGAUACACCGCAAAUGAUCCUGAUGACAUUCGACGGAGCAGUAAAUCUCAACAAUUACGAACACUACAGGAAAGUUUUCAACCACAAACGUACUAACCCAAAUGGAUGCGAGAUUAAAGGAACCUUUUUCGUAUCUCACGAAUACAGCAACUAUCAUAUGAUACAAGAACUGGCUCACGAGGGACAUGAAAUUGCUGUUGAUACAAUAUCUCAACAAGCUGGAUUGGAGAACAAAGGCUACGAAGAGUGGGUCGCUGAAAUGGUGGGAAUGAGAGACAUUCUAAAACACUUGGCGAACAUAUCGAAGAGUGAAGUUGUUGGGAUGAGAGCUCCAUAUUUGAAACCAGGGAGAAACACCCAAUACAAGGUUUUAGAAGAAUUUGGGUUUAUCUACGACAGUUCUAUUGGUGCUCCAGCUUUGCCUAUACCUGUUUGGCCGUAUACCUUAGAUUACAAGAUACCCCACGAAUGCAAAUCAGGAACAUGUCCGACAAAGUCAUUCCCAGGAGUAUGGGAAGUACCGUUGAACACCCAUUACGUAGAAGGUUUUGAGGGAGGCCACUGUCCCUACCUGGACCAGUGCGUGUUGCACAACCACGAUGCCGAAGAUGUCUUCGAAUGGCUGCAGGAGGAUUUCCUCAGGUAUUACGACCAGAACCGAGCGCCCUACAUGAUGCCCUUCCACACCAACUGGUUUUCCAUCAAGGAGCUAGAGCAAGGGCUGCACAAGUUUUUGAAUUGGGCUGUUACGUUGCCCGAUGUCUGGUUCGUGACAACCACACAAGCCCUUACUUGGAUGACAGAUCCUAAACCCGCGAAGCAACUAAACAACUACGAGCCCUGGGACUGCAAGAAGAAUAAGGAAAACCUACCCCCUGCGCCCUGCAAACUACCAAACAAGUGCGCACUCAGCUUCAAAAGGCCAGAAUCGAAUAUUACAGACACUAGGUACCUGGAGACCUGCAAUGAUUGCCCCAGGCAGUACCCAUGGCUGGAUGACGCCAGUGGGUCUGGAAUACCAGGAAAGGACAACUACGUCCCAGAUAACGUUAGGAAAUAGUUGCAUAAAUGUAAUUUUGUAAUGAUGCGGUCACUGCAAACAAAAAAACUACCAGUUUCAUUAUACACUUUCGAAAUUUACAGUAGCACUUAGAUUUAUGGCAUGAUUUUCCUAAAACAUAUGCUUGUUAUUUGUUUUUUUUUUCGUAAAGUAUUCCAUCAAAGGGACAACUAAAAAAAGCAACACCAAACUUCAACAGUGUUACAAAAUUAUAUAAUCUUCAAAAAUUAGACAUGUUUGCAGUCGUUCUUUGUAGAAUAAAAAAAAAUCAGUAAGUCAAAGUGGCUACAUUAUAUCAUUCCAAAGAUAUCAGAAAAUACAACUCAGAUAAAUGCAGUGGUUGCUGUCAUGGUAAAUAUAUAAAAAUGACAUCUCUUUUGAGGAUGGCUAACAAAACGUUAUUUAGAAUCUGGAAGUUCUCAUUUUAAAUCAACUAGUCAACUUGAUACUUGAUUAUUAUACUUGAAAUAAUAAGUGAAAAAAUAUGCAAAUUCAUGAAAAUCAUAAACAAAUUAUAAUUGAAGAAAGUAACUAAAAGAUAUUAGGAGUGAUCUUGAACAAGGCAAUGUAAAGCACUUGUUCUAAAUCUAUAAUAUCUAUUUUCAGAUUUGUACAAGAUGUUCACAUAUUUGAAUUUAACAGUAUUAAACUUUGAUAAUAUUUGGCAAUUAUAAUCAAGUGUUUAGAAUUGUUAAGAGUACUUUCACCUGUUAAGCUUCCUAGGAUAGUAGAUAUGUACCAAGAGAUGCAGAGUUGUGUGCUUGAAUAAAUUAUUUUGUUAAUAAUACACUAUGGUUUUAUUUCUGUAACAAUUUAGUGUAAAUAUCAUAUGCAAAAAUAGGAAAUGUUUAUUGAUUUACAGUUGCACAAUUAGUAAUGUAAACAGCUUUAAAACUGCGCCUUAGAAUAUUAAAGAUUCAACAUCACAAUGGUUAGUUAUCAC